CACGACCUUUAUUCAAUUAACACCCUUGGAAUUUCUCUUGAUUCAUCCCACCAUAGACAAGGUGGGCAACUCAGCAACUUUCUUUCUCUCUCUUCUUUCUUCCACUUAGCAGCCCUAGAAAAUUUUCUCACUUGUUCAUCACUUCGCCUUUCAAUUUCGAUGAUCUCAAUGUUGAUUCAGUGACCAAUUCAGGCGUUUCCAGAUCUCAAUCACUAAUCGAUCGACAAUUGCCAAUUUUCCUUCAAUUUUCAGUAUUUCCAGGUUGAUUGAUCUUGUAGGAGUGUAGUUCGUGGAAGGGGGAAGGAAGUGAGGGAAUAAGAUGGCAACUGGAAAUCCAGGUCGUCCUAAUGUCCCAGGACCACCGCCUGUUAAUAGUCCCUUUGCAGCAGCUGCUCCCCCCACUACGAGUCCCUUUUCAUCGUCCGGUCCUGUGGCCGGUAGACCAGAUGGCCCUGGUGUUAGACCUCCCCCUCCCUCAGCUCCAUCCAAUGCAGUGCCAUUUGCAUCACCUGGCCCCAUGGCGGGACCUCCAGUCCCUGGAUUCAGGCCUCCACCACCUGUUGGUUUUACUGAUCAAACUAGACCUGCUCCUCCUGGACCACUGCUGUCACAUGCUCCGCCCACAUCAAAUCAACAGCAAUUUUCAGCUCCGCAAUAUUCGGGGCCUCCGACAAAUCCUCCUAUUCGUUCACCUCCUGUUGGACCGCCUAACAUGGCUGCUCCUAUGGUACCUAAUAUGCCCCCACCUAUCCAACGUCCUGGUGUUCCAGCUCCAACUCCACCCCUUACUUUCCGCCCCAAUUCUCAAGCUCGUCCUGUCCAAAUGACACCUCCUCCUCAACCUUAUGCUCAGGCACCUCCUCAACCCUACGGUCAGGUACCUCCUCAGCCCUACGGUCAGGCACCUCCUCAGCCCUACGGUCAGGCACCUCCUCAACCCUAUGCUCAGGCACCUCCUCAACCCUAUGCUCAGGCUCCGUCUUCCCAAAUGGCAGCUCCUCCACAACCUUAUGCUCAGGCUCCACCAUUAUCAUCUCCCGCUCACUUUGCACAGCAGCCUGCCUUUGGCCAGCCUCCCUCACAACCUGGUAUGCCAAUGCAACAACACUUAUCUGCUCCUCCAACAAGUACUAUGCAGGGUUUAGUAGAGGAUUUCAGCUCUCUGUCACUGGGCACUGUUCCUGGGUCAAUGGAUCCUGGACUUGAUUUUAAAGCAUUGCCACGGCCGCUGGAGGGGGAUGUGGAGCCAACUGUCUAUAGUGAGAUGACACUGAAUUGUAACCCUAAAUACAUGCGCCUUACUACUAGUGCUAUACCAAAUUCUCAUUCACUUGCAUCAAGGUGGCAUUUACCACUUGGAGCUGUUGUAUCUCCACUUGCUGAAGCUUCUGAAGGGGAGGAAGUGCCCAUAUUAAAUUUUGGUUCGGCAGGUAUUAUUCGCUGUAGAAGAUGUCGCACAUAUGUAAAUCCUUAUGUUACAUUCACAGAUGGUGGAAGAAAGUGGCGUUGUAACAUGUGCGCCCUGCUUAAUGAUGUCCCUGGCGAUUAUGUUGCCCCCCUAGAUGCCACUGGCAGAAGAGUUGAUGCAGACCAACGCCCUGAACUUAUCAGAGGCAGUGUUGAAUUUGUUGCACCAACUGAAUACAUGGUUCGAGCACCUAUGCCGCCUCUUUACUUUUUCCUCAUCGAUGUGUCAGUUUCAGCAGUUCGGAGUGGUAUGCUCGAGGUUGUUGCUCAGACUAUUAAGUCUUGUCUCGAUGAACUACCUGGGUCCCCUCGAACACAAAUUGGUUUCAUAACAUUUGAUAGUACCAUACACUUCUACAACAUGAAGUCUACUUUGACACAACCACAAAUGAUGGUAGUCUCAGAUGUGGAUGAUAUAUUUGUCCCUUUACCAGAUGAUCUCCUUGUGAACCUUUCUGAAUCAAGAAAUGUUGUGGAGUCGUUCCUAGAUAGCUUACCUUCCAUGUUUCAAGACACUAUGAAUGUAGAAUCUGCUUUUGGUCCAGCUCUUAAAGCUGCAUACAUGGUCAUGAAUCAACUUGGGGGUAAAUUGUUGAUAUUCCAAAAUACACUGCCCUCUAUUGGAGUUGGCCGAUUGAGAUUACGAGGUGAAGACCCUCGGGUAUAUGGAACUGAUAAAGAAGCUUCCUUGAGAGUACCCGAAGAUCCAUUUUAUAAACAAAUGGCGGCUGAUUGUACAAAGUACCAGAUAGGAGUUAAUGUUUAUGCGUUUAGUGACAAGUACACUGAUAUAGCUUCAUUAGGAACACUUUCCAAGUACACUGGUGGUCAAGUGUACUAUUAUCCCAAUUUCAAGUCAACUGUGCAUGGAGACAAGUUGAGACAUGAAUUGGCUAGAGAUCUCACAAGAGAGACUGCUUGGGAGGCUGUUAUGCGCAUAAGAUGUGGAAAAGGUGUAAAAUUCAAUUCUUAUCAUGGCAACUUCAUGUUGAGGUCUACAGAUUUGAUAGCGCUUCCUGCUGUGGACUGUGAUAAAGCUUUUGCCAUGCAAUUAGGCCUAGAAGAGACAUUACUGACGACUCAGACCGUGUACUUCCAAGUUGCAUUGUUAUAUACUGCAUCAUGUGGAGAAAGACGCAUUAGAGUACACACAGCUGCUGCACCAGUGGUUGCUGAUCUGGGAGAGAUGUAUCGAAGAGCUGAUACUGGUGCUAUUGUUUCAGUGCUUGGACGGCUAGCAAUUGAGAAAACUUUAUCCAGUAAGCUGGAAGAUGCACGAUCUUAUGUGCAAAUGAAGAUUGUCAAGUCCCUCAAAGAAUAUCGUAAUCUGUAUGCAGUACAGCAUCGGUUGGCUGGAAGGAUGAUCUAUCCAGAAUCAUUGAAGUAUUUGGCUUUGUAUGGUUUAGCACUUUGUAAGUCAAUGCCUCUUCGUGGAGGGCAUGCAGAUGUUCAACUAGAUGAGCGUUGUGCAGUUGGGUCAAUAAUGAUGACUUUGCCUGUUAAAAGUCUGUUAAAGUUUUUGUAUCCCAGCUUGAUUCGCGUGGAUGAGUUUCUACUAAAGGCAUCUUCUCCAGCCGCAGACCUCAAGGAUGUUGAAAAACGUGUACCUCUGACAGCAGAAAGCUUGGAUCCUCGAGGACUUUAUAUAUUUGAUGAUGGUUUACGCCUUGUUAUUUGGAUUGGCAGAAUGUUUCCUCCAGAUUUGGCUGCGAGUUUGAAUAUAGAUUUUGCUUCCGAUCUUUCACAGGUUAACCUUAAUGAGAGUGACAAUGCAAUGUCAAAGAGGCUAAUGGGGCUAAUUAAGAAGCUGAGAGAAAGUGAUCCUGCUUAUUAUCAGCUUUGUCAUCUUGUAAGGCAAGGUGAACAGCCCAAAGAAGGGUUUUACCUUCUGUCAAAUCUUAUCGAGGAUCAGACGGCUGGAACAAGUGGCUAUGUAGACUGGAUUGCACAAAUUCAUCGGCAGGUCCAGCAAAAUUAACAAGCAGAUAUAUAAGGAUGUAUCAUAUGACAAGAAGAUAUCUUCAACCCUCAAGAGAUCAAUUUUGACUGUAGCAAGCUGCACAUCAUGCCGAUCAUGGUUAAUAUGUGGGCUCUACGACAUGGUCUUCUCUACUUCUCAAGGGCGCCCUGCUACAACAUACUCCUCUCAAGAAAGCUUGCUAUUGGAAAGUGAUGUUAUGUUGAAGGUACAAGUGACAGCUGAGAUUUUGUGAACAAAUUCUUUUUUUUAUUUUAUUUUUUUCUUGUUAAUUUAUUAGGAAAGGUAAACGUUAGUGAGAUCAUAAUUUUCUUUUUUGCAGAUUUUAAUAGCAAAUUUUUCUUUAAUAUUUUUUUAGGAAGCAUAUAUAAUCCCUAUUUUGUGUGAUCAUAUCUUAUUAUCUUGUUGGCUUCCUCAACAUUUGCCUCUUGUUUUAGAGGGUGUUGUGAGGUUGGACAUACAAUAAAUGUAUAACACUUUUCUCCUUUCUUCAAGGCUUUUAACUGGAAUUCUUUCGUUAUAAAACAAAUCUCGUUUAGUACA